AUGGAAUUACACAGCAAGUUUUAUUACUGUGCAAAUUCGACUUUUAUAGAGUCUUCUGUAAAGCGAAGGACAGAACCUCCACGUAUCAGCCCCAAGCGUAUCAAACUCACCACACAGCAUCUUGGAGUUGUUGUUGAAGAUGGCGCACCAGAAAAAGAAGACCUUGAAAGACUGGCGUUGAAAAUCGUCGAGGAAUGGAAGGAGCUUGGGCGACGGUUAUUAGAUAAUAAUGAAGCAGAGCUGUAUGCUAUUGAUGAAGAGAAUAAGAAGCUGUCUGAAAAGGCUUACAAAAUGUUGUUGAAAUGGAAAGCAGCUAAAGGCUCAGAUGCAACUUUCCAAGUCUUGUAUGACGCCUUGUGCCAUCAUUUAGUAAAUCGUCGAGAUUUAGCGGAAAAAUACUGCUUGGUCAAUCAUCACUAA